AUGUUAAUACAACAGUUUCGCGUUAAUGAACUUCACUCAUUGUUAUCAUAUUUCAAAUGUUCAAAAUUGGGUAAGAAAAAUGAAUUAGUACAAAGAUGCUUUAUGUUAUUGCGCUGCUCUAAUAAUAAAGCAGCUGUUAUUAAUAAAAUUCGUGAAAUCUGUGCGGCCAACAGGCGCAUUGGUAAUUCUCCUCCAUUACCUGCAAAUAUAUACAAUAACAUGGAUGCUGAAAGUUCAUAUGACAGAAAUUCUUGGUAUGGAACGUGGUAUCGGCAGAUGUGUGCGCAGUCUUGCAAUGUUUUUACGCCGAAUCAGUAUUUGUCUACGCAACAACAACAGCAACAGCAGCAACAGCAACAGCAACAGCAACAGCAACAGCAACAGCAACAGCAGCAGCAGAUGCAACAACAACAACAUCAACAACAGCCUUUUAUCUCCUCAGCAAAUCGAACCGCAAGAGGACCGUGCAUUGUCGAUUUACCAUUUUAUGACAAAGUAGAUACUCUUCUCGAAUUGACAGAGUUACCGCCUAAUAUUCUCGCUGUUCGAAUACCAUCACAUUUGUUGCUUAAUUUUGUCAUUCCGUCGGAAAUAGUUCCGAAAGUUCUUUACAGAAGUGAAGCGACGGCAUUGCCUCGUUUUGAACUGCAGCUUCGUUUUUUUUUGAUGCAUCAGUGUGCAGAACUUCAUGAUGAUUUUCCACCAAACUGUGUGGUCAAAAUCAAUGAUGAACAAGUCAUAUUGCCUGCUGUAAUUCCUACAAACAAGCCGAAUGCAGAACCUAAACGACCAAGUAGACCGGUAAACAUUACUCCUUAUUGUCAGCAUCGACGAGAUCACUCUUAUCGUUUAUUUAUUGAAUGGGCAGGUGAUAAACGCACUUGGGCUGUUGGUAUUUUUGUCGUUCAUCGACUCACAUCUCAAAUUCUUUUGAAACGAUUGACAUCCAAUACUGCUGCUCGAUUUAGCAGUAUUAUAACUAAACGUGAUAUACAGAGGCGACUUUCAAUGGCUGAUGAAGACGGAAUACGAAUGGAGACAUUGAGAAUAUCUCUCUUAUGCCCGUUGGGCAAAACUCGAAUUGUUAUACCGUCGCGAUGUAGCGAUUGUACACAUCUACAAUGCUUUGAUUUGUCACUAUUUCUAAUGAUGAAUGAAAAACGUCCAACUUGGAAAUGUCCAAUUUGUGAUAAUGGUGCGCCAUACAGAAAACUAAUUAUUGAUGGGUAUUUUGAGUCAAUACUUAAAGCAAUUGAUUCAAGCAUAACGGAAGUGGAACUUUUUCGGGAUGGCAGUUGGCAGGCAAUAACAGGUGAAUCAGAAAAUAAUUCAGAUCAAGAAAUUCGAUGCAAAAAAAGAAAAUAUAUGCACACUUAUCCUGCAUCAACGAAACCUUCAUGUUCAGUGCCAUCUCUGUCGACUAAUGGAAAUGAUGAUGACGAUGUAAUCGUAUUAUCCGAUAGCGAUGACGACAAUGAGGUUCAUUUAAUUCAGCAUUUCAUUUAA